GUCUCGCGAGGCAUUUGUGGUCGCUGUCGAGAUCUCGCGGUUCGAAAGUACGAAAUGGUCCUGUGCUGAAUAAAAUAAGUUUUUUUUAAUCGUGGUUCGCAUCACCUAACCUUGGAUAUUCCACUUUGACAAACAGUAAAGGGUUAAAAAUGUCUGACAGUGAAGACAGCGACUUUUCCGACAACCAAAGCGAACGCAGUAGCGAUGGAGAGGCAGAGGAGGUGGAAGAUAAUGAGGAGGAGACAGCCAGCCCUGUGGGCAGUGACAAGGUCGCUGAAGAGGAGGGAGAAGACCUGGAUGAUGAUGAGUAUGACGAGGAGGAGGAUGAAGACGACGAUGAGCGGCCAAGGAAGAAGCCAAGACAUGGAGGAUAUAUCUUGGAUGAAGCUGAUGUGGAUGAUGAGUAUGAGGAUGAGGAAGAGCACUGGGAGGAAGGAGCCGAAGACAUUCUGGAAAAAGUUCACGAGGAAGCUGAAGUGUCAAACAUUGACCAUAUGGUGGAAGAUCAUUCUGGAUCGAGGAGGCUGCAGAACCUCUGGAGAGAUUCCAGAGAAGAAGCCCUAGGUGAAUACUACAUGAGGAAAUAUGCCAAAUCAUCUGGAGGAGAGCAUUACUCUGGAGGAUCCGAAGAACUGUCUGAUGACAUCACCCAACAGCAGUUGCUCCCUGGAGUCAAAGAUCCAAACCUGUGGACAGUUAAGUGUAAGAUUGGAGAGGAGCGAGCAACAGCCAUUGCAUUGAUGAGAAAAUUCAUCGCCUACCAAUUCACAGACACACCCCUGCAGAUCAAAUCGGUUGUGGCCCCAGACCAUGUGAAGGGCUAUAUCUAUGUAGAGUCCUACAAGCAGACCCAUGUUAAGGCAGCCAUUGAGGGAAUGGGCAACCUGAGGAUGGGCUUCUGGAACCAGCAGAUGGUUCCUAUCAAAGAGAUGACGGAUGUUCUGAAGGUGGUCAAAGAAGUGACCAACUUGAAACCCAAGUCCUGGGUGAGACUGAAGAGAGGCUUGUACAGGGACGACAUCGCUCAGGUUGAUUAUGUGGAGCUGAGUCAAAACACCAUCUCUCUGAAGAUGAUCCCUCGAAUAGACCUGGAUAGAAUCAAGGCCAAAAUGAGUCUGAAAGACUGGUUCGCUAAGAAGAAGUACAAGAGACCUCCCCAGAGGCUCUUUGAUACGGAGAAGAUUAGAUCCUUGGGCGGGGAGGUGAGCCACGAUGGAGAUUUCAUGAUCUUUGAGGGCAAUCGUUACAGCCGCAAGGGCUUUCUCUUCAAGAGCUUUGCAAUGUCUGCAGUGAUUACAGAUGGAGUGAAGCCCACUCUGUCUGAGCUGGAGAAGUUUGAAGACCAGCCUGAAGGAAUCGACCUAGAGGUGGUGACAGAGUCAGGCAAGGAGCGUGAACACAACCUGCAAGCUGGUGACAAUGUGGAGGUGUGUGAGGGAGAGUUGAUCAACCUGCAGGGAAAAAUCCUUAGUGUGGACGGAAACAAGAUCACCAUUAUGCCCAAACAUGAGGAUUUAAAGGAUCCUCUAGAAUUUCCUGCUCAUGAGUUGCGUAAAUACUUCCGUAUGGGAGACCACGUGAAGGUGAUCGCUGGAAGAUACGAGGGAGACACUGGUCUGAUCGUCAGAGUGGAGGAGAACUUUGUCAUCCUCUUUUCUGACCUCACAAUGCAUGAGCUGAAGGUGUUACCAAGAGAUUUGCAGCUCUGUUCAGAGACGGCCUCUGGAGUGGAUGCAGGUGGGCAGCAUGAGUGGGGUGAGCUGGUUCAACUUGACCCACAGACGGUUGGAGUCAUCGUCCGACUAGAGAGAGAGACCUUCCAGGUUUUGAACAUGCAUGGCAAGGUAUUGACAGUGCGCCACCAGGCGGUGAACCGCAGGAAGGACAACCGCUUUGCUGUGGCACUGGAUUCAGAACAGAACAACAUUCAUGUCAAGGACAUUGUGAAGGUCAUCGAUGGGCCUCACUCUGGUCGUGAAGGUGAGAUUCGGCACCUGUUUCGAGGUUUUGCCUUCCUUCACUGCAAGAAGCUGGUGGAAAACGGAGGCAUGUUUGUCUGCAAGACCCGACACCUGGUGUUGGCCGGAGGAUCAAAGCCAAGGGACGUGACUAACUUCACCGUGGGAGGAUUUGCCCCAAUGAGUCCUCGUAUCAGCAGCCCCAUGCACCACGGUGGAGGAGGUGCUCAACAAAGAGGUGGACAAGGAGGAGGAAUGGGUCGGGGCCGAGGACGAAGAGACAAUGAGCUGAUUGGUCAAACAGUCCGUAUCUCUCAGGGCCCUUAUAAAGGAUACAUUGGGGUAGUGAAGGAUGCAACAGAGUCUACGGCCAGAGUGGAGCUUCACUCGACCUGUCAGACUAUUUCUGUGGACAGACAGCGCCUCACCACCAUGGGAGCUAAGAGACACAGUGGAAUGACGUCCACUCACGGUCGUACUCCCAUGUACGGCUCCCAGACUCCUAUGUACGGAACUGGCUCCAGGACACCCAUGUACGGCUCUCAGACUCCACUGCAUGAUGGAAGUCGAACGCCCCAUUAUGGCUCUCAGACACCACUGCAUGAUGGGAGCAGGACUCCAGGUCAGAGUGGAGCCUGGGAUCCAAAUAACCCUAACACACCUUCCAGGAAUGAGGAAGAGUACGACUUUGGCUACGAUGAUGAGCCAUCCCCCUCCCCACAGGGGUACACGGGAACACCCAACCCACAGACCCCAGGAUACCCAGAAGUCCCCUCUCCUCAGGUCAACCCUCAGUACAAUCCUCAGACUCCUGGCACACCUGCUAUGUACAACACCGAGCAGUAUUCUCCUUAUGCAGCUCCUUCUCCUCAGGGCUCGUAUCAGCCCAGUCCCAGUCCUCAGAGUUACCACCAGGUCGCACCCUCACCCGUUGGCUACCAGAAUACACACUCACCAGCCAGCUACCACCCCACGCCCUCCCCAAUGGCAUAUCAGGCCAGUCCCAGCCCCAGUCCUGUUGGUUAUAGCCCCAUGACACCAGGAGCGCCCUCUCCUGGUGGCUAUAACCCCCACACCCCAGGCUCAAACAUUGAGCAAGGCAGUAACGACUGGGUGACGACAGACAUCCUAGUCAGAGUGAAGGACUCCUUCAUGGACCUGAUGGGACAGAUGGGGGUCAUCAGGAGUGUCACGGGUGGAAUGUGUUCAGUGUUCAUGCAGGAGUCAGAGAAGGUGGUGAGUAUCAGCAGUGAUCACCUGGAACCCGUCACACCCACCAAGAACAACAAGGUGAAAGUCAUCCUGGGAGAAGACCGCGAGGCCACAGGAAUCCUGCUGAGCAUAGAUGGUGACGACGGCAUUGUGCGCAUGGAGCUGGACGACCAGCUGAAGAUUCUCAACCUGAGGUUCCUGGGUCGUUUAGAGCACUGAGAGAAAAUCAGAGUGGUCUGUGUGUGAAAGAACACUGUUGGAGCAGGAAGAACUCACAUUUUUAUGACUUCACCAAUCCAUCUUCACUCAAACACACACACUGUAGAUAUAAUUAUGACCUUUUUUUUUUUUUAAAUCUUGCGUUUAUGUCAUUAUUUUCUAGAAUCUUUUUGAAUCUGUUUUUAGAUCAUUCUUCUGU